GUGAGUGAAGGUUUUGCCUCGAUCGUGUCACAAUCUGUACUUGGUUUCGGCAGUUCACUACACACAAACACGCAAGUUACGAAAGACUUGGAGAAAGUGAAGUUCACAGUCUAACUCUUCGAGAAGUAAGCACAGAAUCGUCUACUUUGUACGAGGCUCGGAUAGAAAGUUUCCGAUUCGAUUCGAUUCGAUUAAUUAGCGUAAUUGAAGAAAUCACUUCUCCUAAUUCAGAAACAAAAGUUGGCUCAAGCAAUGGCUACGUCGUCAUCAGUGAUAAUACUGGUCUUUACAAUGGCGAUCUUGAGCUGCGGUACGGCGCAAGAAAUUUUAAAAAUCUGGCGAGAGUCGUCUGUUUCGCAAGAUGAUAUUACAGUACCAAAUUCUCAGUGCAAUAGAACAAAACAGCAAUGUGACAGAUACAACGCUAAACACCUUACACAAUGUUUGUGCUACUGUGAAGAAAGAGGAGGACAAGCGACGGCGUUUUGGGAGCCUAGUUCGACUUGUAUCCCAGUUAAAAGUCUUCGCCAACAGUCAGAAUGUCAGCUACUCUUUACAGACCAAAGGGCCGAAGAGCGCUUGAAAUUCUUCCCAUCUAAAACAUCUCUUGAAAAAGAGGUAGCAGUUCCCGCCAACCGGAGUUGUGCCUUUUACUACGGAGAUAAGUUUUUUGUCCAGUAUCUUGGUUGUGAAGGUUCAUGGAAACCGAUUACAGCACAAAACGUGCUUAACACUAUAGAACUGACUCCUAGUUGGUCAACCACUGUUCUCAAGAUAAGGAUCAAAGCUGGAUCGACGCUUUUCGCAAAUUUAACAGCUGGCCAUCUCGUGAGAGUUCCGAUUCAGUGCCGUAGAGAAAACUCUGAGGAUGAUCUCACAAGCUCUUGCAUCGUGUUCAUGAGCGAAGGAACUGUUGAAUGUCCAUAUCCUAGGCCAACUCUGGCAUCAGGUUUCAACCAGGCGACUUUGCCAGCACCAGUUCUAGAAAGACUAAAUUCUACAGCAACCCUUCCAACUGUGAAGACCACGACUUCAAAGACCGUAACUAUGGCCGAGACUACUAGAGGCCCUUCUCCAACAAAAGAAACCACGCAACCGCGACAAACUGAAAAAGCAACGACUGAGCCAACAUCUCAGAGCGCGAGAACAAUGCCACCUCAAACUGAGCAGCCAUCACAGGGGGAGACAGCUCAAAGAACGCAGAGCAAAAAGAACACUUACAUCAUAGCUGGAUCUGUAGCUGGAGGAAUUCUCUUAAUAGCCUUAAUACUGCUCAUCUUAUGGCGCUGCAACAGUCCCAAGAAACAACCAAGUUCGCAUCGUCGUUUAGAAGGGUCGAUUACCAGCCCCGUGUCUCACAUGAGUCGACAUUCAAUUCCUGUCUAUUCGGAUGCUUCUUAUCUCUCUCCAUUAGGGACCUUCGACGAAAGGACGAGGAGCUUGGAUAACCCCGUUUAUCGCGGGGGCUCAGAAGGGCUAUUUGUGUCGGGCUUGGACAUGAAAGGAGGGUCUUUCUACUCAGAUCAUUACCCCACAAACCCUCCUCCCAGGCCUCCACCAGGAUCUUCAAAGCGCGGUAGCAUGAACGGACAAGUGAACCCAGCUUUGGCGCUAAGAGAAGAAUAUGUGACAAUGAAUCCACUGUAUGAAGGACAGGUGAUGCACCACAAAGAUCUUGAAGAGCUGAACUGCAGCGACUUUGGAGUCAGCGCCGAUCAAGUUGUUCUCGAUACGAGAAAGGAUCCUGAAGAGUUCAACGACGACACCUAUGACUGUCCAGGAGACAUCUUGAAUUCUAGAUCCGAAGCAAGAGCAUCACCGAUCCCUGUUUUUUAUGCCCUGGACGAAUCAUACCCGGACAGCAUCUCCAAUACCUUCCACAGAGACAGCACUUUCAGAGGGCGUCCAGAUGGACGCGUGUAUGAUGAGCCUGAAGGUGACCUUAGGAGAAGCCCUUAUAUUGUUAUGGACAAUCAGAGAGGUGUAAUCUACUCUCAUGACUAUGACGAGCCACCCCGCGAUGAGGAACUGCUGAGUAUCCGCAGGCUAAGUUCUCCAACUCAUGGCAUCUUGAAGACUGGGAACGGGUCACCAAGCACAAAAUACCUUCCUCGAUCGGGGCACUGAGCAUUUUAAUAUGUUAAUUGAAAUAACCUCGACCUGACAACCUGUUUGAAGGUAGAGGCCUUCAGAGUAGUUUUUUUUCCUCGCCACCAACCCAAUAAGGCGCAAUCUCCUUCUUAAGAGAUCCUGCAGUAUACGAGUUAAUUCUUAAAUGAGCCAUACAUAAUUGAUAUAAUUACUAAGACCUAAAUUUUGAUCGGGCAUGUAUAAUUCCGAAGAAACCAGUUUCCGCCCGCCCGCGAUAGAAAUCUUCCAAACAGAAACAAGCAUUAGAGGGUUAGAACUAUCUAAUCCUCCUUAAGAGGCUCUGCUUCGUCUAGCCAAUGUGUGGGCUAACAAUUAGACUAUCUUCUUGAUAGGUGACGAACAACGUAGUUUGUUUUUCGUUGUUGUUCUGAAGACUCAACACUAUGAUGAGACUACUGCUUAAGGAGCACUCCUGUUGCUGCUGCUUAUUUGACACUCCUGAACCUUCCUUGUGAAUCAUAUCAUAUUUUUACACUCAUUUGCGAAAUUAUCUGGUAAAUAGGUAGUGCAUAAUGAGUUUGAGAAAUAAAUAUUUGAUUGAAAAAUGGUUA